AUGUAGCCUAAGGCCAACACCAUCUUUAAGAUAGGUAUUCAAUCAAGGCAAAUUUGGGUUUUAUACUUACGCGACCUUCGUCAUACCAUCUGAACAGGCCUAGUUAGUAGAUAUGUUGUCUAUUCUUCGAAAGGCGCGGUUGAAGGAUAAGGAGAUGAGGAUCCUAAUGCUCGGCCUAGAUAAUGCAGGCAAGACUACGAUCGUUAAGAGGGUAAUGAAUGAGGAUGUCAAUACAGUCAGCCCUACGUUGGGCUUCAUUAUCAAGACGAUCGAGUAUGAGGGAUAUAAAUUGAACAUAUGGGAUGUCGGUGGUCAGAAAACGCUGAGAUCAUACUGGCGCAACUACUUCGAGAAGACGGACGCCCUCAUAUGGGUCGUCGAUGCGACAGACCGGCUAAGAAUUGACGACUGUCGAGAAGAGCUUCAUGGGCUACUACAAGAAGAGCGUCUCUCAGGAGCUAGCUUAUUAGUCUUCGCUAAUAAGACCGACGUUCAAGGUUGUAUGGACGAGACCGAAAUACUAGAAGGACUUCAGCUCGAAGCGAUCCGGACACAUCGGUGGCAUAUCCUACGAUGCAGCGCUAUGACGGGGGAGAAUCUAAAGGAGGGAUUGUUAUGGGUGGUUGAGGAUGCGAAAGCAAGAUUAUUCUUGUAUUGACGGACAUAUAUUUAUUAUUCGACGUACUUCGUACUUCGUAGAUGUAAAUAGAAACACAUGACAUUAUGUCGAUGCAUACAACAUAAGAAUUAUACGAAACGCGACGUGACAGACUAGGUAAGUGAAAGCCUCAUGUCAUAUUUAUCAAUCUGCCUAUUACAGUACGAAUAGUAC